CAUUAGUUCAAAAGCAAGAAAUCCACAAUUCACCUUGGUUAGUUUUAAAAAAUAUAUUUUUAUUUGAUUAUUGGAGGCAUAAAAAAUAAAUGUCUAGUUUAGUUUACAAUAAAUUUGCGAAUCAUGGCUAACAUAGCAUUAAGGAUUAAGACGAAAACUGGCCAACAAGUUGUAAAUAGCCUUACACAAAGUAAUACUAUAAAGGAUUUAAAAGAGGUUUUGUCAAAUUUAUCAAAUAUACCUAUUUCAAGUUUACAAGUGCUCUCUGGUUUUCCUCCUAAGGCAUUUGAUAUAUCCAAAGACGACUUAAUUCUAGCUAAUAGUGGGUUAGUUUCUGGUGAUACCCUUAUUUUACAAGAAUCACCAAAUGCGACUAAAAAGGUAUCAGAAUCUCCGAAGACUUCGGAAGGAAAGUCAACAUCAACAAAUAGUACAAAUAAUAAUCCUAUAAGUAACAAUACUGAUGAUAAUCCAUAUGAGUGCCCCGGUAUCUUAAUGAAAUAUGUUGUGCCUGCCGAUAAUUCUUGUUUAUUUACCAGCGUUAAUUUUGUAUUGAAUGGAAAAGUAGAUGAGACUGGUGAAGCUGCCCCAUUUUUAAGACAAGUAGUUGCCGAAACUAUUAAAAAUGAAAGACAUAAAUAUGACGAAGCAAUUUUAGGCAAACCUGUUGAUGAAUAUUGCACAUGGAUACAAGAUGACAAAUCUUGGGGUGGUGCAAUUGAAUUGGCAAUAUUGAGUAAUUAUUAUGGAAUUGAAAUUGCUGUAGUCGAUACUAUAAAUGCAAUAAUAAAUCGGUUUGGUGAAGAUCAAAGUUAUGCUGUUAGGGUAUUGUUAAUGUUUGAUGGUAUUCAUUAUGAUCCACUGUAUUUGGAACCAUUCAAUGGUGAUAAAAUGCAAACAAUGUUUGAAAGUAGUGAUGAAAGAAUAUUAAGAGAAGCAACGACAUUAGCUCAGGAAGCAAAAUCAAGUAGACAGUAUACAGAUGUCAAUAAAUUUACUUUGAAGUGUUUAGUUUGCAACAUAAUGCUUAAAGGACAAAUUGAGGCACAGACUCAUGCACAAAAAACUGGUCAUAUGAAUUUUGGAGAAGUGUAACUAAAUAUUUGGAAAUGAUGUGUUCAUGAAGUAGGUUAUUUUUGUUUAGUAGUAAUAUAUUUAAUAUUAUGAAAACAUUAUUAUUUGGUUCAAUAUUAUUGACAAACAGAUUUUUCUUGUCUGUAUUUAUAUCAAUUUGUGUAAUAAUUUCAGGGGACUAUUUUUAUACCAAUUAUUAAUUAAUAAAAUUUCUCUGCAUUAAUACAUUUGUCAAUAAUAUAGGUAUUUAUAUUUUUAUAUUUAAUUUAUAUGUGUAUGUAAAAUACAUAGUAUAUGGAAGAUCUUAUUAAGUAUAUUUUAGUAAUAGUAAUUGCAGUGUUUUGUCAUGAUAUUUUAUUACUUAUAUUUUACAAUGUAAAUUUCAUAAUAUUAAUAUAUGUAUAAUAGCAUAUAAAACAAUAUAUAAAUAUAAUAUGAAUAAUUUUCA